AUGUCCAAGGCCUUCGAUACGAUUAACCGCCUGAAGCUGCUGGAGGUGAUGUCUGCAAUCACCAAUCCAGAUUGCACAUGUCUCAUCCACCACCUACUCCACAACACAACUAUCACUGUUAAGGUUGCAAGUGCCACAGCUGAACCGUUUGAGAGCACUAUUGGAACACCACAAGGCGACAGUCUCAGCCCAGUUCUCUUCAUCUGCUAUCUGGAGGCUGCACUACAGGAAUGCAGAACUCGUCUCGCGCCCCGCCCUGCUGGCGACGCAAGUCUACCACCAGAGACGGGUUAUGCAGAUGACAUCUCCUAUUAUUCAACCUGCAGGCUGUGGCUUGAGAAUGCUCUGCCUGUAAUAGCAGACACACUGCACGAUUGGUCAUUAAAAGUAAAUCCAGAUAAAACAGAGUGGAUCCGUGUGUCACCUGAUUCCGGGAGCUGGCGGACAUCUAGGCAGCUUGGCUCCUUGAUGGGGGAGGAAGAGGAUGUUCGGCGCAGGAUGGAACUUGCCUCUCGCGUGUUUGGCCAGCUGUACGCCCUAUGGCUGCGUAGAGAUAAAGUAGCGGAGAAGACACGCUUACGCCUGUACAACGCUAUCGUACUGCCGACAUUCCUGUACAAUUGCGAGACCUGGGGAUUAUCGUCAACAGCAAUGGCCAAGGCAGACGCAUUCCACCGGCGUCAAAUGCGAUCACUCCUUGGAAUACGAUACCCAGACACAAUUUCAAACGACGACCUGUACCGCAGAACCAAGAGCAACCCUAUAUCAGACACAGUUGCAUGUAGGCGACUACGAAUGACCGGUCAUGUGCUACGGAUGGACACGGACACGCCACCGCAAUGGUCCCUGGUCAUGAACCGGAACAAAACCGAGUAUACCGACAUCUUCAGAAGUGCGGACAGGAUCGAUGAAGAGUGGAGGACAACGCGCAAGCUGGGUUCGCUGCUGGGCGACGAAGAGGAUAUUAUGCGGCGGAAACAGCUGGCGACUGCAGCAUUUUAG